UUGCCGCCCAUUUGCUCCAAACCAUGCAGCACGGUGCGGAGGCGGCCAUUGAGGCGGCCAAAAUUUUGGAGGCCCGCGUCCGGGACCGGCGCUCGUCCAAGCAGUGGCUCAUGUGCCAGACGGGUGGCUCCGACCUGGCCACCAGUCUGGCCGCCCUCAGGGGCGACGUCUCGCCCUCGGAGGCCUCGUCGGGGGCGGCAACCCCCACGAGACACGCGGCGCACGCCACUGAGGCCAACCAGCGCUUCUUCAAACUGCUUGCCCGCUUUAUCAGUGCUCGCGAUCAGGAUCAGAGCAAAAAUGUCGAGGACGUGCUGUAUGACAUGUUCAAGAAUGAAGACACUGGACUGUUGCCCGUUGGAAAAUUCUUGGCCGCACUGCGAUCCACCGGACUGAGGAGAAAUGAUCCUAGGUUGGCCGAGAUGACGGAAAACUUGCGCAAAGUGCACAAAGCGUCCGGUCACGAAGGGGGAUCUCCCGAGACUCAGAAACUGGACCGCGAAGCUUUUAAAUCAGUGAUUGCGCCAAACAUUGUGCUGAUUUCUAGAGCGUUCCGUCACCAGUUUGUGAUCCCCGACUUUCAAGGCUUCUGCAAGUACAUCGAGGAAUUCUACUGGCGCUGCAAGAAUAACACCGAAGGAAAAGUUGCUGCCUACAUUCCUCAGCUGGCAAGAAUGAACCCUGAAUACUGGGGAGUAUCUGUGGUCACAAUUGACGGACAGCGCUUUUCAAUAGGAGACACAAGUGUCCCAUUCACUCUGCAAUCUUGCAGCAAACCCCUAACUUACGCAAUAGCCUUGGAUCAAUUAGGUGCAGAUGUAGUGCACAAAUACAUUGGCCAGGAGCCAUCAGGCAGGAAUUUCAACGAACUCGUUCUCGACUACAAUAAAAAACCACAUAAUCCUAUGAUCAAUGCCGGUGCCAUCCUCUGCUGUUCACUUCUGAAAACUUUGAUCAGGCAUGAAAUGACUCUUGCUGAAAAGUUUGACUUCACAAUGAAUUACUUCAAGCGUUUAGCUGGUGGCGAGUCCAUUGGCUUCAACAAUGCUGUGUUCCUUUCCGAACGUGAGGCGGCCGACAGAAACUACGCUCUUGGUUUUUACAUGCGCGAGAACAAAUGCUUCCCAGACAAAGCAAAUCUGCGGGAGUGCAUGGAUUUCUAUUUUCAGUGUUGCUCGAUGGAAGCAACUUGCGAGUCAAUGGCCAUGAUGGCCUCUACUCUGGCCAACGGAGGAAUAUGUCCGACCACUGAAGAAAAGGUGCUCAAGCCGGAGAGCGUGCGCGACGUGCUAUCCCUGAUGCACUCGUGCGGCAUGUACGAUUACUCUGGUCAAUUCGCCUUCAAAGUGGGUCUGCCGGCAAAGUCGGGUGUGUGCGGCGCCCUGCUGCUUGUUGUGCCCAACGUGAUGGGUCUUUGCAUCUGGUCACCUCCUCUUGACGCCCUUGGCAACAGCUGCCGCGGCGUCCAGUUUUGCGAGGAAUUGGUGGAGGAGUUCAAUUUCCAUCGGUACGACAACCUGAAGCACGCCACUAAUAAGAAGGACCCCCGAAGGCACAAAUUUGAGACCAAAGGUCUCAGCAUCGUCAAUUUGCUCUUCUCGGCUGCUAGUGGUGAUGUUACUGCCAUGAGGAGGCAUCGAUUGUCUGGAAUGGACAUGACCUUAUCUGAUUACGACGGACGCACAGCGUUACAUUUGGCAGCCGCGGAAGGUCACGUGGAAUGCGUCAAGUUCCUUGUUGAGCAGUGCAGCGUCCCGUGUGAUCCUAAGGACAGAUGGGGUCGAACGCCGUUGGAAGAAGCACAGACUUUCACACACACAGAAAUUGUUGAGUACCUGCGAGCCAGACAGACAAAGAAUGACGGGGUUGAAUCAACCGGUGAAGAAUCUCCUCCAUCCCCUGCUGGAACGCCUACGCCCUGAUUAAAAAUAUUCCCCUCGGACGAUUCCGUCUAGGUCGCCAGAGCGCACCCUUCACUCCCUCCCUUCGAAAGGGGAUCAUAUACACAUUCCAGGGAGGGGGAGAGGCGGCCACGAGUGUCAAUUGUUGUUCUGGUCGGAGGGUUCGCCCGUCGGUCAGAUCUGUCUGUCACCCUUGCUCUCGCCUCCUACCCCUAAAUCGUUUAUCACUGUUGUAGAUGUUGGUUGUUGAUAAAGAGGAAAACUAACUUCUGAUUGCCUACGGCCGAAUUGAGACAAUAAUUACUCAUAAAAAUAUACCUCUGUGUAUUCAAAGCAAAAAUGUGAUCAAUUAUCUAAGUUCUAAUUGAUAAAUAAACACACAUUGCGCUGAUUCUAUGUCAGUUCCAAACAAAUAAAAUCAAUAUUAUGCUGUUCAGCACACAAAGUUGG